GCAGUGCCUCAGCACACCACAUUCCCCGCUUCUCUUUUACUUUGCAGGUCCUGCUAGAUCAACGCAAACAUUAAGAAGCGAGCUGUUUGGGUUAGCUGCUCAGCAGGGCCCUUUGCUUCGCUGGACGGGUUUUCUCCCCGUUUUUAUUCUUCAUAAGGAAACACUAUCUGAUCGUGAAUCAGCAUCAAUCCUCGUGAGCGUGCAAUCAAUGUUAGUGUUCUCACCAUGGCAACAGAAGACAAGAAACCAGAGACUGACACUAAGCCUCCAGUCGUUCCAUCAGCAUCUGCCAGCCAAAGCAAGUCUGCACCCGCGAAGCCAAACUACAGCCUGAAAUUCACAUUAGCAGGACACACAAAGGCCGUGUCCUCCGUCAAGUUCAGCCCAAGUGGAGAAUGGCUCGCCAGCUCAUCUGCUGAUAAACUCAUUAAAAUCUGGGGAGCGUAUGAUGGCAAGUUUGAGAAAACUAUAUCUGGACACAAGCUCGGCAUUUCUGACGUUGCCUGGUCUUCUGACUCCAACCUCCUGGUGUCGGCGUCUGACGACAAAACCCUAAAAAUCUGGGACGUCAACUCGGGGAAGUGCUUAAAAACCCUGAAAGGCCACAGCAACUACGUGUUCUGCUGCAACUUCAACCCCCAGUCCAACCUUAUCGUGUCGGGAUCGUUCGAUGAGAGCGUAAGGAUAUGGGACGUAAAGACUGGGAAGUGUUUGAAAACACUGCCGGCUCACUCCGAUCCCGUUUCUGCUGUUCACUUCAACAGAGAUGGCUCUCUGAUUGUGUCCAGUAGCUACGACGGCCUCUGCCGAAUCUGGGACACAGCGUCAGGGCAGUGUUUAAAAACUCUCAUUGAUGAUGACAACCCUCCUGUUUCGUUUGUGAAGUUUUCUCCCAAUGGGAAAUACAUCCUGGCUGCUACUCUGGAUAACACGCUGAAGCUGUGGGACUACAGCAAAGGAAAGUGCUUGAAGACAUACACGGGCCAUAAAAACGAAAAGUACUGCAUUUUUGCAAAUUUCUCUGUCACCGGGGGGAAGUGGAUUGUAUCAGGCUCUGAGGACAACAUGGUUUACAUCUGGAACCUACAGACAAAGGAGAUCGUGCAGAAACUCCAGGGCCACACAGACGUCGUCAUAUCGACGGCCUGUCACCCAACAGAGAACAUCAUCGCAUCUGCUGCUUUAGAAAACGACAAAACCAUCAAGCUAUGGAAAAGCGACUGCUAAUUCAGUUGGGGGUUGUUGUUUUUUUUUGGGGGGGGGGGGGGGGGGGGGGCUUUUGGCCUAUUCACCUUUCUAUAUAUAUGUUGUUUUGGUUUUUUUCUACAUUGUGCUGUAAAACGAGAGGACCUUCCUUUUUUUAAUGGAGUUCCCGACGGAUGCAGAGAACUUUAACUGAAAUUGAGCAAGGAGUGUCAAUCGCUUCAACCACCAAUCAGCUUGGCAGUGAAUAUCUUCCUCACACCUGAUGACGAGUGUCAGGUUUAUUUGUCUCUUUAAAAAAAAAAAGUUAAUCGUGUUAAAGAAGCAUUCAUCUGUUUCAGUAUUUCUGACUGCAUUUGGCUCUCUGCUCCAUAACAGCUACUGUACAAUAAAUGUUAUUACCAGGCCUUUGUAUGAUUCCUGUUGUCCUUUUAAUUUGUCUGUGUAACUGUAAAGUACCAUUUAAAUGAAGAGGAGAUAUUUACAUUAAGCUUUGGUCUUAAUAAACUGAAAAAAGAA